AUGGGCACGAGCCAGCUUGGGAAAGGCAGGGGCACGGAACAGCAGCCGCACAUCGUUGAGGUGGUCACGAAUCCGACAAUGAAGAGGAAGGACGAGGUCGUCAGGCUCGAGUCGUGCGCCACAUCUCCAGACGGCAAGGCUGCUGGCACGGGUCAGGCCUUCGUGCAGCGGGAGCGGCGGGCGUCGGACGGCAGCGUGCGGCUCGUCGCCGAAGGAACCGCUGGCCUGUGCCUGGGCGCCAACGCAGCCGGUAAGCAGACGCAGUUGGCUCUCGAGCCGUGCGUUGGCGACGACGGCUCCGACGACGACGUCAGGUGGGUGCUGACAAAGUACGGGGGCAGAUGGGAGCUGAAAAACGUCGGCCUGGACUUGUGCGUCGACUCUGGCUCGGGCAGGGUACCAAUCAUGUAUCCCUGCUAUCCGGCCGGGACCAACGCCAAGCAGUUGUUCGUGGUACACGGCAACGGCUGGAUAGAGGUCCCCCGCACCUGGAACGAUAACGGCCGCAACCGCUGGCCGGCGAAGUGUUUCGACGCUUUGCCCACGGAGGCCGUGGAAGUGACGUCGGAGCAUUGCCGCAAGGCGGAGGAGGGUGAUGUUUACUGGGAGCUCGCGUACGAGGAGGUGCCGUUCGAGACGAAGCUCUGGCACGAGCGGAAGGGCGGGUUUUGA